AUGGCAUCAAAAUGUCCUAAAUGUGAGAAAACAGUUUAUUUUGCGGAGAAGGUGACGUCUCUGGGGAAAGAUUGGCACAAGUUCUGUCUGAAAUGUGAGCGCUGUAAUAAGACCUUGAAUCCAGGAGGCCAUGCAGAGCAUGAUGGGAAACCUUACUGCCAUAAGCCAUGCUAUGCUGCCCUCUAUGGACCGAAAGGUGUGAACAUCGGAGGUGCUGGCUCUUACAUCUACGAGACCCCCGUCAACAAUGCCUCUGCCAACGACGCCACGGAAACCGAGCCCAAGGUGGAGGAGAAGAAAGCUCCAGCACCAACCAGAGGUCCAGUGAAGGCUGCAAGCUUCACCUCCUUCUCUGGAGAGCCAAACAUCUGCCCACGCUGCAACAAGACAGUGUAUUUUGCGGAAAAGGUCACGUCUCUGGGAAAAGACUGGCACAGGCCAUGCCUGCGCUGUGAAAGGUGCAGUAAGACUCUGGCCCCCGGCAGUCAUGCUGAGCACGACGGACAGCCGUACUGUCACAAACCCUGUUACGCUGUCCUGUUUGGACCAAAAGGGGUGAACACUGGCGGAGUGGGUAGCUACAUCUAUGAUGAUCCAAAUGCUGAGACUCAACCCUAA